UGGAGUAUGAGUAUGAAGCAGAAAUGGAAGAAAGUUACAGACAAAACAUGUUCAAGAGUUUUAAAAAGACCAUAGAUGAUGGCUUCUUUGCUUUCAUCAUUUUGGACGCUGUAAAUGACCGUUGUAAGCAGUUCGAGGAGUUUUGGAGUUAUGCUAAAUCCAAAGGUUUCCAGGUCUACAUUGCUGAUAUCCAAGGUGAUGUAGCUACAUGUGCCAAACGAAACACACAUAAAAGAUCAAUAAAGGAAUUAGAAAAAAUUAAAAGGAAGUGGGAAGAAACACCACGUCAUUAUCUACGAUUGGACAUUCGGUCACUAUUACAGGAAGUGUCUAUUACAGAUGUUGAAAUGGAGGAUGAGGUACAUGAGACAGGUGAGAAAAGGAAGUCUUCAGUAGGAGAGGAAGAGGAUGAAGCUGUUGAUAACAGGUUUGGAGGGGCAUACAAGAAAAGCCGCUGGGAGUUAGAUACUUCAGAGGAGCAUUUAGAUAAACUGGAUGGUCUUCGUCAUGGCAAACGAAAGCGUUCACCAGACCCAACAUCUAUGGAAGAUUUUCUACAAUUAGCAGAUGAUAUUAUGUCCCGCCCGUCUGUACCAGGAAAAAAGAGGGUUCAGUGGGCUGAUAUUGAGGAGCGUAAAAACCAGUCUCGACGGCGUGAGAUUGGAUUUGUUGUUGGUCAAACACAGCAGGAUUGGGAGAGAAUCACAGACCAUUCAUUUGCUGACCGUCAACUAAAUCAAACAAAAUACUUCUAGUGGUGUUUUACUAUAAGUACAAAGGUUGUGGUUCGUAUUAGAUCUGCGUCCAGCUCCAUGCUGUAGAGAAUGACCAGCUCCCUAUGGAUUCAGUGAAGUGUUCAGUACCGCACGGGUCCAAUAUUCCGGAGUUAUCUGUUGCACUCUAAUCUGAAUUUAGCUGACCAGAUCGUAGAUGGAGUUUGUAUGAAACAACCGGAUGAGAGAAAUAAGCAUUUUAGAGACUUUUGUAGGCAGUCAAAGACAUUAAAUCAAUUAUUGUUGUCAUCAUGUCAUGUCAUUUCAUGGUGUAUUCAUGUCGUGUCAUCACUUUAAACGGUCUCAUGUUUUUAGCAUUAUGUAUUGUGAAGUGAAAAAAUGUUUAAUUUGAAUGAUCAUGAAAUAAGUUAUUGUGUUCAUUUUGAAAUGUUUUGAAAUAAAGUCAAUAGUUAUCGUCCA